UGUUCAGAAAUACCACGAAACUCAGAACAUUUUCGGCUCUUUCGAUGAAGCAUUGUAAGACACGAUUGACCCAAGUGCAAUAAAAAUUCGAACAUUUUACAACAACAAAAUGUCAAAAAUGGCGAAAUGAAUAAAAGACGAGUUUGUUGUCGUUUUCACCAAAAUAAUUUCCGAAUAAUGUAAUGUUUUAAGUGAUUUUUUGUAUUAUAAAACACCAUUUAUUGAUGGCAUUAUGUCGUCCGAAAGGAUUGAAUGGGUGGAAAUCAUUGAGCCACGAACGAAGGAGCGAAUGUACGCCAAUUUGUCAUCUGGCGAAUGCGUUUGGGAUCCGCCUGAGGGUGUAAAUAUAAAGCGUACAGAUGCAUCACAGUGGUGGGAACUAUUUGACACAAACACCCAACGAUUUUACUAUUACAAUGUGGCAUCGCAAUCUACUGUUUGGCAUCGACCAAUCAACUGUGACAUUAUUCCUUUAGCAAAAUUACAAACAUUGAAACAAAAUACGGAUCCAAAUGAUCGAAAAGAUGGAUCAACUCAGACUGCGACCAAGCAAUCGUCAUUACGAUCACAUCGAGGCGAUGUUAAAGACGCCCAUAAUCGACAAAAUGUAUCAAGCCAUUCACGGAUUUUGUCGGCUGGAACUGAGGCCAGAUGUGGCGAUAUACUUUCUAGUCCAUCUGGUAGACACAGCUACAGAUUGCCGACAGCAGCUCCUCCACCAAUCGUAGGCAGAACCGAAUCUCAUCGAUAUUGUCGCCAUUCACAGGGUGGUUCGUCCUCCCGCAGCAAUAAAGCACAUCUGGAUUCUGGUAAAUCAAGUGACUCUAGUUUAUCGAGCACACACGGUUAUCGAAGGCUUCAAGAUGGUGGAAGUUUAAGAAUAGGUAGCUCUCAGCAGCGAAACAAACAUGCGCCCGAUAAUUCAUACCGCAUGCUGCAAGAGAGUUCAAGCUCGCACAAUAUACCGCACGUAUCGCUUCCUUCUGAUUCAAAGCAUCCACACAAUUUCCCAAUGCAAGUGUUACCCUGCUCCGUUUCAAAUUCAUCAGACUUAUGUGGCAUAUCACCGACACAUGGAACAAGCACACCACCAGUUAUCAAAAAGAAGCUUCCAUCAGACAACGCAAUUCAUUCGAAACGGGAAAGUUGCGGUAGUGUAUCCAAGCAUCAAAGCUUCGACUAUGUUGGUUCGAAAGAUCCACAAAUGGUGUCGCUGACUCGAUCGGGAAGUUUCAUGUCGUCGUCAUCGCCGCGUCAACAGCCAUUUACACGAAAAACAAGCAUCGAUGGUAACGGUGGUGGAAUGAGUGACGAUUCUAUGCAUGAGAAGUACUUCAAGUCGGUGGAAAAUACACCCGAAACGCGACGAAGGAAUACGUCGUCUGUGUCAAGUAAUCCGAAACAUUCUAGUGAUUCCAGUCCCCAAAGUCCCAUUAGUCCUCAAACUAACUCUGUCAAAGCUACUCGACCUUCAAUAUUAAGUAGUCUAGCCUUUAUCGAAACACCAAACUCUUAUCUGUCUAGUCACAAAACCGAUCCUGUCCUUUUGAAUCUUGACCUAACUGCCAAACCAGAACGCUAUUUAGACAAAAUGAAAGUGGACAAAGCAAAGAUCUCACCUGGAUCAGCCGUUAAUAGUGCCGCUGUCAUUUCAAUGCAACAAAUCAAUAAUUUAUUGAAAUCGAAAAAUAUUUCGCCGUCUAGUCAAAACGAAUAUAAUUCCAAUUCAUCCCGUCGCAGCCCAUCGAUCAGAGAAGAAUCGUAUUUGAAUAAGCCAAAUUUAGAACGUCACAGUAAGGAGUUUAAGUCAGACAAAAAAGCAUCGACGCACAAAAGUAAGAAAAAGUCACAAAUGAUGGGAAGCGAUGUGGAGUACGACAAUGGCAAUAUAUCGCCGUUGUACAGCAAUUGGGAUCAGGAACAUCUUCUACCGUUACAACAUUACAUCAUUGAACAAGCAAAACUUUCCGGAUGCUAUAGGCUAAGUGGCGAUCCGUUGGAUUCGGACUCACUUCAUUCGGAUAGUCAGUCAGAGCAUUCGUUUUCCGGUCACGAACCGGACAACGAAGAUUCAGAUCAUUCGGAUGGCCGAGGAGAUUAUUUAACACAUCACUACGGUAUGGAAGACUACGGUGCUCACUGUGGUGUUUCGUACUACAAUCUCGAUAUUGGCUUUGACAAAAGCGAUAAAGAGGACAUUUCCGAAGAGGUUGAAGCGAAACUGGAAAAUGAAGGAGGAGAAAUUUACAGUCCCGUCAAAAACCAUCAAUUCUUUCAAAAGCCUAUGGUACAAAAUCAAUCCAAGCAGGUACCUCAGCGACAAACAGCUGCACCGGAACAUCAAACACCAAAAUCCCAACCUCAUCAUUCGCAUCACGAACAACAGCCGCCGCAAAAGCUACCGCAGAAGCAACAGCACAACCAAAGUUUACCCAGUGUUCUGAAGAUGCCACCCUCGAUUGGCGUUGACGGACCACCACCAAAUCAAUUAGCAAUAAUGAAAGAAUGUGAUAUCGAGAAAUUUGCACAAGACAACUUGAAUCUGCACUCGAAAGGAAUAUUUCGAAAGAAGUCGUCGGUUAGGGACAUGCUCAGUUGGACGGCCGAUGCUAUCAGUCGUCCAAUGUUGGCGCUAUCACGAGAUAAGGCUGGUAAAAAGAUGGCAACCGAAAUGUUUAAGUUAAUUCAAAUUUAUAUGGGCGAUCGGAAGGCACGCGCUGGUAUGAGCUUGAAUUCGGUCAUCUUGGACAUCAUCACAAUGGCUGUUGCACAGCCACAAUUACGAGAUGAAAUGUAUGUUCAACUGUGCCGUCAAACCACUGAAAAUCACAUGAGAGAAUCAUUGAUACGCGGCUGGGAACUGAUGGCCAUCUGUUUGUCGUUCAUUCCACCAUCGCCAACAUUUCAACCUGCACUGUUAAACUAUAUGAAUCGCCAUCGGGAUCCAACAUUUGCUACCAGUUUUCCUGAAGUUGGCAAAUGGCCGAUUCACGUGCAAGUAUCUCAUUACGCUACAAUUGCAUGUCGCCGAUUAGACCGCAUCGGUAGUGGUGGAAAGAAACAAGCGAAGAAGCCAACUGACGACGAAAUCAAUCAGGCCCGAGAUCAAAUUUUCCAUCAGAGCAUGUUCGGAAAUACGUUAGAUGAGGUGAUGGAGCUACAAAAAGACAGAUUUCCCGAUCGAAAAUUGCCCUGGGUUCAAGUAACACUUUCGGAGCAGGUUCUCUUGCUAAGUGGCAAGGCAACUGAAGGCAUUUUUCGGGUUUCGGCCGAUGUGGACGAAGUUAAUUGGUUAAAAUCGCGUCUGGAUCGUUGGGAUGUUCCUGAGCACAAGAGUACUAUGGACGCUCAUGCUCCUGCUAGUCUAUUAAAACUGUGGUAUCGUGAACUAUACGAUCCACUGAUACCGGAUGAAUUGUAUGACGAAUGUGUCGCUACUGAAGAUCCGGACGAGGUCAAUGCAAUAAUAAAUAAGCUACCGCGCUUGAACAAAUUGGUACUGACAUUCUUAGUUCAUUAUUUGCAACAAUUUUCUCAGCCUGAUAUUGUCGCUUGCACCAAAAUGGAUUCAUCCAAUUUAGCCAUGGUAUUUGCACCGAAUUGUUUGCGCUGUACAUCUCACGAUCCGAAAGUGAUUUUGGAGAAUGCACGCAAAGAGAUGGCAUUUAUGCGAACACUCAUUACCAAUAUGGACACAUCGAGCGUUUCUAAUUUAGUUUAGGUAGGUUUAGGAAAUGAUUUCAAGAGAACAAAAUAAUAAAAGGGAGGAGAAGAAUGGAUGAAGAAAAAACGAUGAAAAGCGGGAGGUUAUAAUAUGAUACACAGCAGAUACUUAAAGAAAAUAAACAGAAAAAAAACCAUACAAAACAGAGUCAUGAAUUUGAACAACUUAAAUAGACAAAUAAAGUAAAAUAAAUAAAAAAAAUUCCUAUUAGUAAUUGCAACAAGGACACAAACUCAUAACAAACAAAACAAAAUAAAAAGUGCAUAAAAAACCGUUAUUUUUAAAGAAAUAAAAAAAAAUAUUUUAAAGUUGAGAAUCAAUUGAAAAUUCCUGUUAAAUGACAUCAUAAUUAACCAAAAAGCAAAAAAAUAUAUUUAAAACAAAAAAAAAACAAAAAAUGUGUAAACAGAACAUAGCAUUUUUAGCCUGGGCAAUAAUAAUUUGCAGAAUUCUAGUGACUUUGAUUUUUUUAAGCAAAAAAAAAAGAAAUGAAAAAUAAUAAUGAAAAAUCUCCAAUUCGUUUGUGUUGUUCUUCCUUUCUACCUAUUUAUCGAAUAAUGGCAUUUCGGCUCAGAUAAAAAAAAAU